UUUGAAUGAAUGUAUUAACCGGGUUUAGGCAAAAAUAGUCCAGUAUACAUCGAACGGGUAAACAGGAUAAUAAUUUAUUAACAGCCACAUUGGACAGUCGACGACAACACAAGAAGAUCAAAAAUGGCAACCACGGAGAUGCAAAGUUCGGCUCUCAAGAAAAAUGGCCAUGUUGUUUUGAAGGGAAGACCAUGCGAGAUUAUUGAAAUUGCAACAUCUAAAUCAGGCAAACAUGGUCACUCCAAGGUUUUCAUAACUGGUAAAGAUAUUUUCACAAGUGAAAAAAUUGAGGACAUGUUCCCUGCAACUCACAACGUUCAAGUCCCAACUAUAAGCAGAGAACAAAAGGAAUUGUACGGCAUCAAUUUAGAGGACAAUACAAUCACCCUACUUGACAAUAGUAUAUUACCUAUUCCAAAUGGUGAACUUGGUGCAAAGCUAAAAGCAUUGGAUCCGAAUGCAAGAGCUAUUGUAACAGUGCUCGAAGCUAUGGGAUUGACGGAAAUAAUCAGUCUGGACUAAACACGCAAUAAAUACGAGGAGACUUCCUGUUACAUUACGUAUAAGAAAACUUCAUUUAUUUGUUACAAUUGUAUAAAUAAAUAGACAUUAACUAAGAAAAUAUACAAUCUAAGACACUAAGAUUACAUAUUGUGGAAACAUUAUGUGCUUAAGAGAAUUGCACAUUUUAGGAGAAAAUUUUAAAACAUAUUUGGGUAGCUCAUAUUUGUACAUAGUCAAUUUCAAGAAAACCGUGUUCACCAUAGAAUGCUCUCAUUCU